AUGCGGCUGUGGACCGACUUGUGCUUCCUGUACUGUAUUUACCCUAGUCCUCACCCCUUUCUAUCGGUUGUUGGAAUAGUGGCGAUGGGGAAACCACAGAGGAAGCCCAUGCCAGUACAGUUCGGCUACCGGAGCGAACCCCGACGGUUGGUGUUGGAACUAUUCGAACAACCGUCAGGGCUCGAACCCUCGCCUCACGGCUUGAUGUGCGAUCGAACUAACGGGAUAAUGACAACAUUAACAAUUAAACUAGUUAAAAGCUAUUUUGACCAAAGAUACGUGGCGCAGGGGCCCCGCCUCCCUGUCCGACUCGAAUUUACCACGAAAAUACACAAAAGACGGUAUGAAAGUAAGUCUACUGAAGACUUAUCACUGGAUAAUUUGAGGAAAAAAGCCAAGGAACUCGACCAGAUAACAACCAGUAGGUUUGAAAAAUUUUUACAAAAAAAUAAAACGCAAUUUAUACCUAACCUUAACCGACCAAGAUCAAGAACAUCAUCACAAACUUCUUUAAUCGACAUUGAUAAAACAGAUCAAAAUGAAGACACAGCGACAUCUGGCUUCGAAAAACCAAAACGCACGGUAAAACGGACUAUACGCACUGAUAAUGUAGGUGCCUCAACAUCAAAUACAUUCAAUACCUUGGAAGAACACUCAAACGAGGAAAUUGAAAAACUCAAAAAUUUGAGCAAAGUGACACCUGAUGGAAAAAAAUUAAACCCUGGUUCACAACAUACAACGCAACAAAACAAGAAUGCUUUCAGAGCUAAAUCAAGACCACCCCCAAUCCACGUACAAAAACAAGGUACAAUAUUAUACUUAUACCCCCAGGGAAAAAAAAAAGUAACCUUGGUUUUAAAGGGAGUUACAUCAAACUAUAAUGAACACGAUGUUAAAAAUUUCAUCUCAAAUAAAAAACUGCAAGAUGUCAACAUCGAGAAAGUAACUAAACUACAAUUUGAUAAAAAAGAUCCCAACAGAUUCUUUUUUCUUGUGUAUUUAUCGCCUGACAGCAAAGCCGCUGCAUUAACUAAAUUGAGAUACGUUCUAAAUCAACCAGUCAGAUGGGAAAAAAUCAAGAAGAAAGCUGUUUUUCAGUGCAGGAGAUGCCAGCGUAUUGGGCACGCCAAACGAAGCUAUGCAAAUACAACGAAUCUAAAUAUGGAGAAUUUUCCUGCACUCCCGCGCAGAGAAAAUCGUAAUCAAGAAAGUUAUUGGAAUGAUACUCCGAAUCCCGACCUAUAUCAAAGUCAGGAGGCUACUCAAUUUGAUGGCUACAACUCAAAUAUUCGAGGCAACAGUAACAACUUUAGCCAGAUAGAGAAUAUGAUGAUUAAUUUCAAAAACAGUUUGACUGAAGCACUCAAGGAGCAGUUUAACACACUAAAUAAACAAAUUACAGAAAACUCACGUAGAAUAGAUUAUAUUUUAAGCCAAUUUGACUUCUAA